GGAAGAAGAAGAAAAAAGGAAAACGAAGAGAGAGAGAUUCGAAAAUUCUCUGUGAAUUUUUCAAAAUGUUUAUCAAUUCUCAAAAGCUAUGGACGACGACCCUUGUAAUUUUAGCGAUUUGGUCACCAAUUUCACAGUCGCUUCACUUCGAUCUACACUCAGGUCGAACAAAAUGUAUCGCCGAAGACAUCAAAAGCAAUUCAAUGACUGUUGGUAAAUACAGCAUCGAUAACCCUCACGAAGGCCAAGCUUUACCACAAUCUCACAAGAUCUCAGUAAAGGUGACGUCAAACGCCGGGAACAAUUACCAUCACGCUGAACAAGUUGAUUCGGGGCAAUUCGCGUUCUCUGCAGUGGAAGCAGGUGAUUACAUGGCUUGCUUCACUGCUGUUGAUCAUAAGCCUGAGCUGGCCUUGAGUAUUGAUUUUGAGUGGAAGACUGGUGUUCAAUCUAAGAGCUGGGCUAAGGUUGCUAAGAAGAGCCAAGUAGAAGUUAUGGAAUUUGAAGUAAAGAGUCUUCUUGAUACAGUUAACUCGAUUCAUGAAGAGAUGUAUUAUCUUAGAGAUAGGGAAGAAGAGAUGCAAGACUUGAACAGGUCCACUCAUACGAAAAUGGCAUGGUUGAGUGUGCUUUCGUUUUUCGUAUGCAUAGGAGUGGCAGGGAUGCAGUUUUUGCACUUGAAGACGUUUUUCGAGAAGAAGAAGGUUAUCUAAAAGGUUUAUGUUCUCUCUGUUUUCUCAGCCCAAACAAAACAGUCUUUGUCUUCUUUUGGGUGUUGUAAAUUAGAUCAAUGGCUGCUACCAAUGUUAUGUGAGACUUGGAAAAUUUGAUUUAUGUGGGCAUUAUUUGCUUUUUCCAAGACAAGUUUAGUUUGUUGUUUAGAUUUGUUGGUCCUUUAGGAUACUUUGAUGGUUUAAAAUCAAAUAAACUGUGUUUGUCUGAGGUUUUAGCUUAUCUCAAUCAGAGCCAAUUCUUGGA